AUGUCUGGCUCUCACUCUCCAGAGGGAGACUGUUGCUCACGGCAGUGCCGCGCGCAGGACAAGGAACAUCCAAGAUACCUGAUCCCAGAGCUUUGCAAGCAGUUCUACCAUUUGGGUUGGGUCACUGGGACCGGAGGAGGAAUUAGCUUGAAGCAUGGCAAUGAAAUCUACAUUGCUCCUUCAGGAGUGCAAAAGGAACGGAUUCAGCCUGAAGACAUGUUUGUUUGUGACAUCAAUGAAAAGGACAUAAGUGGACCUCCGCCAUCUAAGCAUCUUAAAAAAAGCCAGUGUACUCCUCUUUUCAUGAAUGCUUACACAAUGAAAGGAGCAGGUGCUGUGAUCCAUACCCACUCUAAAGCUGCUGUCAUGGCCACCCUUGUCUUCCCAGGAAAGGAGUUUAAAAUUACACAUCAAGAGAUGAUCAAAGGAAUAAAGAAAUGCACCUCGGGAGGGUAUUACAGAUAUGAUGAUAUGUUAGUAGUACCUAUUAUUGAGAAUACACCUGAGGAGAAAGACCUCAAAGAGCGCAUGGCUGUGGCAAUGAAUGAUUACCCAGACUCCUGCGCAGUGCUAGUCAGACGGCAUGGAGUCUACGUCUGGGGAGAGACGUGGGAGAAGGCUAAAACCAUGUGUGAGUGUUAUGACUAUCUGUUCGAUAUUGCCGUAUCAAUGAAGCAAGUAGGGCUGGACCCUGCGCAGCUUCCCGCUGGAGAAAAUGAACUUGUAUAA